GGCCAUCAUUUUACACAUUGCUUAUCCACAAAAUCUUCUUCCCCAAAACACUUGAAAUUCACAGUGAAUGAAAAUCAACAAACCCAAAAUCAACACACUCCAAAUCAGGACAUGUUGCGAACCCCCAAAUUUCUUCAUUCCCCAAACCUUUCUUCUCAAACCCAAACCCAAACCCAAACCCAAAACAUCCCCACUUCUUCAAAAUUUCCAUUCAUCAAACAAUGUUGCAAAAUCUCCCGCCGGAAUCUCACCAUUGGAACCAAUUCCCUCUUACUUCUUCUCUUUAACUCUCAAAUUCAAGACCCAUUUUUAAUGUCCUCCAAAGCAGAGGUUGAAGAAGAAGAAUUACAGAGUCCUAAAAAUGAUGACUUUCUUUGCACUGGAAAGAUCCCUACGAAACGUGCAUUUCUUGAUAUCUCCAUUGAUGGAGUUCCUGCUGGUCGCAUUAUCAUUGGCCUUUAUGGCAAUGAUUCCCCAGCAGGAGUUGCAAGGUUUAGCAAUCUUGUAAGCGGAGCUGCUGGCAUUUCUUAUAGAAGAAAAGACUUUGUAAAGAUCACUUCAAAUUAUGUUCAACAUAGUGGAGUUAGAUCUUAUGGUGUGGAUUUUGAGCUUGCAAAGAGGAAUGGGAAUGAAUUAGUAUCUGAAACUCUUAAGGAUGAAUGGGAGAGAGCGAAUGAGAAAUGUUCUGGGACUAAGAAUUUGGCUUCGACUGUGGGGAUCAUUGUGAGAGACCCUUUAAAACCACCUCCUAAGUUGAAGUUGGUAGCUAGGAAAGGGAAGCUGGAGGUUGAUCAGGAACAGGUCGGUACCGAACCGAAUGGGACGGAGUUCACGAUAUCGGUUAAGGAUUCACCAGAGCUUGAUGAUUCAGCUUUGGUGAUUGGAAUUGUUUUGGAUGGAAUGGAAGUUGUGGAGAAGAUUGCACAAGUGAAGACUGUUAAAGAUAAUACUACUUCUCCUUAUUUCAGAGUCGCAAAGAUAAUAGGCGAUAAAAGAGCUGUUGUUGCAGAAAGAGGGUUCAACCGUCCUUAUUCUAAAGUGAUUGUCACAAACUGUGGGUUGCUAGAGGAAUGAUUAGUCUUUGUCCAAAAUAAAUACUUGUACGAGUUGAGCUAUGCGUACUUAUGCUUGUGCUUAUGUUGGCUACAAUAACUCGAUUGUGCUUCCAGUUUUGUUUGUCAUUUUUUCAAUUGAAUUAUUUAAAUGUAACUAUAUUCAUAAUGAGGUAUUUUGCUUCUAUAAAUUAAUUUGUACAUUCAAUCU